AUGAGCUCCGGGCUCCUGCGAUCAAUGAAGCUGAAGCUGGCGGGGGGAACGCCCAAGAGCGGGAAGCCCGACAGCGAACCGCUGCCCUCGUUCCGGGAUGUCUCCCCAGGCGAGCGCCAGGCCCUGUUUGUGGCCAAGCUCCACCUCUGCUCGUUCACCUUUGACUUCAGCGACCCCGCCUCCCACGUGCACGAGAAGGAGGUGAAGCGCGCGACGCUGCUGGAGCUGGUGGACCACGUCAACUCCGGCUCCGGCAAGUUCAAGGACGCGCUGGCGCCGGACAUCGUGGGCAUGCUGGCCGCAAACCUCUUCCGCGCGCUGCCCCCCGCGCGCGAGCACGGCCCUGACGCCUUUGACGCGGAGGAGGAAGAACCCAACCUGGAGCCGGCCUGGCCCCACCUCCAGAUCGUGUACGAGUUCUUGCUGCGGUAUGUCGUGUCGGGCGACACCGACGCCAAGACCGCCAAGCGCUACAUCGACCAGCAAUUCGUCGUCAGGCUCCUGGACCUCUUCGACUCGGAGGACCCACGGGAACGGGACUACCUGAAGACCAUCUUGCAUCGGGUGUAUGGCAAGUUCAUGGUGCACCGGCCCUUCAUCCGCAAGGCCAUCAACUUUGUGUUUUACCGGUUUGUUUUCGAGACCGAGCGUCACAACGGCAUCGCAGAGGCCCUGUUUGUGGCCAAGCUCCACCUCUGCUCGUUCACCUUUGACUUCAGCGACCCCGCCUCCCACGUGCACGAGAAGGAGGUGAAGCGCGCGACGCUGCUGGAGCUGGUGGACCACGUCAACUCCGGCUCCGGCAAGUUCAAGGACGCGCUGGCGCCGGACAUCGUGGGCAUGCUGGCCGCAAACCUCUUCCGCGCGCUGCCCCCCGCGCGCGAGCACGGCCCUGACGCCUUUGACGCGGAGGAGGAAGAACCCAACCUGGAGCCGGCCUGGCCCCACCUCCAGAUCGUGUACGAGUUCUUGCUGCGGUAUGUCGUGUCGGGCGACACCGACGCCAAGACCGCCAAGCGCUACAUCGACCAGCAAUUCGUCGUCAGGCUCCUGGACCUCUUCGACUCGGAGGACCCACGGGAACGGGACUACCUGAAGACCAUCUUGCAUCGGGUGUAUGGCAAGUUCAUGGUGCACCGGCCCUUCAUCCGCAAGGCCAUCAACUUUGUGUUUUACCGGUUUGUUUUCGAGACCGAGCGUCACAACGGCAUCGCAGAGCUGCUGGAGAUCCUGGGCAGCAUCAUCAACGGCUUCGCCCUGCCCCUGAAGGAGGAGCACAAGGGCUUCCUCACGCGCGCACUCAUGCCGCUGCACAAACCCAAGAGCCUGCCUCAGUACCACCAGCAGCUCUCAUACUGCAUAACACAGUUUGUGGAGAAGGACAGCCGGCUGGCGGUGCCUGUGAUCCAGGGGCUGCUCAAGUUCUGGCCCAUCACCAACUCGCACAAGGAGGUCCUGUUCCUCGGGGAGCUGGAAGAAGUGCUCGAGUGGACCCAGGCUCCUGAGUUUGCAGAGGUGAUGGAGCCCCUGUUCCGCCGCAUCGCGCGGUGCCUGACCUCCAGCCACUUCCAGGUUGCGGAGCGGUCGCUGUUCCUCUGGAACAACGACGUCAUCGUGUCACAGGUCGCGCAGCACAAGGAGGUGGUGCUGCCCCUGGUGCUGGCGGCGCUGGAGGACAACGCUGCGCACCACUGGAACUCGACGGUGCACAGCCUGACGCUGAACGUGCGCAAGAUGUUCCAGGAGAUGGAUCGCAGCCUGUACGACUCCUGCCUGCGCAAGCUGGCAGCCCGAGGGGACGCCGAGGCUGCGGCCGCCACCAGGCGGCAGGCACAGUGGCUGGCGAUAGAGCGUGCGGCGCUCCCCAACGGCGUGCCCCACCGAGACCGCGGCUGA